GGCGUUCCCGCCUUCCAAUCGGACCUUUAUGACCCUUAGCCCCGAUGCUCUCAGAAUCUUCACCAAAGCGCUGUUCUGCCUGUCGAAGUAUGGGGAGGAGCUUUCCCUUCAAGCAACGAACGAUACCCUGUCCCUUUCCGCCACGAACUCAGCAAAGUCUGCAUACUGUCGCUUGAAAUACGAUAAACAGUUCUUCUCGAGAUACAACAUCGCCCGUCCGCCCGAUCAGCCACUCGAUUAUGAACCAGAAGUGUUGGGACAGCUUACGGCGAGGUCACUACUAUCCAUCUUGAAACAUCGAACAGUCGAAAAGACUGUCGAACGCUGCGAAUUCUCUAUCGUCGACGGGGAUCAGCAAGAGGAUGCGGGGGAAGACCACGACGCGCUCGAGAGCAAGCUGAUCAUCAAACUAUACUGCAAGCAUGGCAUCGUCAAGACCCACCGCGUACUCAUGCUGACGCCGACGUCUAUGCUGGCGCCUAGCAUGCCGGAUGCGGCGCUGGAGUCAAGACUUACGAUUGGACCGCGCGGACUCAAGUACAUCAUCGAGCACUUCCCGAUGCCGCGCGGGGCGAAGUCGGACCCCUCCCUCAUUUGGAACUUUGGCGACGCGGACGUCGAGGUGAAGAGCUUAGAGUCGUCUCUCGAUCCGAAGGCUCACGGACAAGUCAUGACCGAGAUGACCAUAAGCGUCGAAGAGUUCGACAUCUACGACAUCGUCGACCUGCCCAUAACCAUUUCCUUCCACCUUCGCGAGUUCAACUCCACCAUCGCCUUUGCCGAAUCCAUGGGCCUCCCCCUCGACCUCCACUUCACCGACGCCGCCGCACCGCUCUUCAUUGACAUCGAGGGCGACUGCUUUGACUCGCUGUUUGUCAUCUCGACGAGCACGGUGCCGGGGAGCAUGGCGAGUCAGGCUAGCCAGCGCACGAAUGGCCAGCGUUUGAGUCGGCAACGCACAACUCCUGCAACAAACGCUACCAACGGAAAUGCCCGCAACCAGCAACCCGAGAACGGCUCGCCCGCCUCGGAUCCACAACAUGCGCAAGCGCGCCGAGGAUCGUCGCAGGCUUCCCAGGCUUCCCAACCCGCCUACGCCUCGCAAGCCUCCAUCCACCUCUCCCAGCCCCAGCCCUCGCCCCUCCUAUCCCUGCCCACGCGGAAGCGCGCACAUGAUGGCGCCCCCGACUCGGCGCGCGGGAGGAAGUCGAUGCGGGUGGUGCAGCAGACGCCGGUGAGCGCGAAGGGGAAGGGCAUGAUGGCGCCGCCGCUGCCCGCGAACAGGCACCCCUUCGAGACGCCGCAAGGAGCGCGGGGGCUGCGUCCACCGAACGCAAUGCAGGUUCCGCAGACGCCCCAGGCUGCGCGAGGGCCGCAGAUGCCGGUGAACCGCGCCCUUUUUGAGACGCCAGCCAACCGUCAACCCGGGGGGACGCAGGAGGAUCUUGGGCCGCUGGAGACGCAAAAUCCGCGGAUGUAUACACAAACACCGCAGCAGUCGUUCACGCCAAUAUUACCUCGCGGCCUCAGGGAGGAGCGAGAGACCCUCAUCCGGCAGUCCUCGGGCUCAGGAAGUCGGUUGUUCGACGUGUCGCAAAGCGGGUCAGUCGAAGUGGGACGGAAUGGAUCGACGGGGGCGCCACACAGUGUGCCGAAUGGGGCGCUCCGGCGGGACGAGUCGCUCGGGGACUCGCAGUACCAGUUCCUCAAUGCCGAUGACCAUUCGUUUGACGACCACGAGCAAUCCCUCAUUGCCCAAGACCAAUCCUUCGACCCCUCGCUCGACUUCGCGCAGCGGCAGUCCGAGACUGCUUUCGUCGACGAGGCAGACGAAGAAGUCGCCUCCUCCCAACAAGACGAAACGCCGGAAGAGCCGCUCUUCCUGCCAGGACCGUCGCAGUUCCCAUCGUCCCAGCCGCAGUUCCCAUCUUCUCGGUCCCAGUUCCCAUCCUCUCGGCCCUCACGUCGACCCAACAAAGCGAACGAGACGCGGUUGGCGAACGAAACCUCGGGCGAGCCGCUCUUCCUGCCCGGUCCCUCGCAACUCGCGUCGUCCCAAGCACACGCACCGCCCUCUCAACCAGCCGCACGCGCCUCGCAAAUCACGACCAACGACCCCGAGGCGCUCCGGCAGGUCGAGAGCCUGACGCAGGAGGAGCUGGAAGCAAUGUUCGAUAUGAGGGAUAUCGAUCUGGAGCUGGAGGACGAUGAUAGGACGUGGGAUGAUGGCAUGCGCGGGGGGAGGAAGGCAAACGGUGGGAGGGGGAGGGUGGAGGGUGGUCGCAGUGGGAGGCUCGUGGCCGAGAGGAGUACGACAGCACUCAGCCGAACGCCCUCGUCCGCCUCGAAUGACCGCCCAAGGACGCCGUAUCGCUCGUAUCCGACGGAUGAGACGCAGAUGCCACCGACGCAGUCGAGCAGGGAUGGCGACGAGUCGGGGGCGUUCCAUCCUCUUUUCGAGGAUUGAGGACCAAUUGCUAUGUUCGACUUGCUAUGUUCGACUUGCUACGUAUGCUUUCGGAAUGGAAUUUUGCUCUGCUGUUGCGCCUCCAAGUCUUCAUGGGCGCCGGCGACCCUCCUUCGAUAUACCGAAAUGAUACCCUGAUGCACUACUCGGCGUGUACCGUCCGCUAGAUGUAAUCUGGGCUCCAGUUCGCUGAGC